UUGUGCGUAGACCGUGUCACGCAGCUUAGAGGGAACAGUGCUCAUAAUGCUUUCCAUGGUCAGGAAGAGGCGCAGACCCUGUCGUGGCUCUUGAUUGGGACGUUGCUGGAUGACGUAAUUGUUCUUGCCACACUGAGCGCGGAGGCUGCUGGGUAGAAAGGUCAAGAAUCGAUGGCCGCGCCGGACGCGGUGGGCUGUGUUCAGGGAACUGUUGGCUUUAUGGGGCCGAUGGAAACUCACGAAAGGACCACACGGCGGCUUUAACGGAGAGCCGCGCUGGGCGUCGCUUAUAUUCCGGGGAAACGCUGAGCUCGUCGUGCUUUGAUUUCCUGACUCUCUGCCUCCCUAACAGACUCAUUGUUGUUGUUUUGGCUUCAUCCGUCGGACACACACACGCUGCUCCCCGAGAUCCUCCCCCGUCUGAGACCGGAGUCCAGACUGCCAGAGUGAUGGUCUGCUGUCCGUCCCUGGAAGAUGGAUGAGAAAUCCAGCAGCAGCAGCCACCACAGGCUUCUGAUCGUCCUGCUCAUGGUUAUGCUCUUUGGCGUAAUUAUGGUCCAGUAUGUGUGCCCGAGCAGGUCUGAGUGCCAGGCGCUGCACCGGCUGGGAUCCUGGUUUAACAGCGGCAAAGCGACUGGGACCCGGGUAGGGGACAGCGAACUCCCGGACGGGUUUCAGAAGGAUCCGUACAUUGCGGAAGACGGCGCUAUGGCCCGGUUUGUCCCUCGUUUUAACUUCACCAAAGAAGACUUAAAUCGCGUCGUAGACUUCAAUAUCAAAGGGGACGAUGUCAUAGUGUUUCUGCACAUUCAGAAGACAGGGGGGACGACCUUUGGGCGACAUCUGGUGAGAAAUAUCCAGCUAGAGAGACCCUGCGAGUGUCACGCAGGUCAGAAGAAGUGUACCUGUUUCCGUCCAGGUAAAAAGGAAACCUGGCUCUUCUCCCGUUUCUCCACCGGAUGGAGCUGCGGCCUCCACGCAGACUGGACUGAGCUGACUAGCUGUGUCCCAUCACGCAUGGACUCCCGAGAGGCUCCGAGGAGUCUGCCCAGCAGGAACUAUUAUUAUAUCACCAUCUUAAGAGACCCUGUAUCACGCUACUUGAGUGAGUGGCGUCACGUACAGCGCGGCGCCACGUGGAAGGCCUCAUUACAUGUGUGUGAUGGACGUUCACCAACGCUGUCAGAGCUGCCAAGCUGCUAUUCAGGAGAUGACUGGUCAGGCUGCUCCCUGCAGGAGUUCAUGGACUGUCCCUACAACCUAGCCAACAACCGGCAGACCCGCAUGCUGGCUGACCUCAGCCUGGUUGGCUGCUACAACGUUUCCACCAUGAGCGAGGAGGAGCGCUGGGCAGUGCUUUUGGAGAGCGCCAAACGCAACCUGCGGGGCAUGGCCUUCUUUGGACUGACCGAGUACCAGCGUAAGACCCAGUACCUGUUCGAGCGCACCUUCAACUUGGAGUUCAUCGCGCCCUUCACGCAGCUCAACGGCACACGCGCCUCCAGCGUGGAGGUACCUCCAGAGACGCAGCGCAGAAUCCGCCAGCUGAACCGAUGGGACGUAGAGCUAUACGAGUACGCCCGCGACCUUUUCCUGCAGCGUUUCCAGUUGGCGAGGCAGCAGGAGCGCAGGCAGGCCAGGGAGAGGCGACAACAGGAGAGGAGGCGGCUCCGUGGUGGGCUCAGAACAAACCAAGGGAGGCAGCUGAAGCCCACAGAAACGCCGCGUCCCGCCAACAGCCGCUCUGUUGUAACCGAGGAGCGGCGGAGAGAAAAGCCUGCUGAGGACAGCGUGGCGUCUGAAGUGCCACUCCCAGACUGGUGGGAUCUGGAUGAGAAUAGCACUUUAGAGGACUAUUUAGACAAUGUGGAACAGUGGUAGCGAUGGGUACGAGCAGUGGGGUGUCUUAAUGCUAAGUGUGCCAACUUCUGCCUUGUCUGUUUUCAUAUAUCCAAGUUAUUUUUAGCAUAUACCUUCCACAGAUGUCCUAUUGAACAGUCUUAAACGACACAUUAUUUAUAUUGAUUAUAUUUCUUUCCCACAUGGACUCACAGAAAGGCAAGCUAUAUCGGUCUCAGUGAUGGUACUUAACCUUCAACACUACAUAUUGAACCUACCUGAACUUCUAAUAUAAUGUAGCUAAAACAACAAAUUGUUGUUUUAUUCCUCUUUGUUGCAAAGGUACACUUUAAUAUGUUUUUCUAUUUAAGAAAACAAACACUGUUUCUUGUGAUUAAUAAUCUAUAUGUUUGCCAAAUCAUUGUCUGGUCUGCGGUGUGUACAUUUCGAAAUGUACCUGUGAUCUCAAGUGUCUUUUUAGUAACAGAAAAUGAGAAUGGAGUUUUUUUUAGAUACCUCAAUGUAUAACAUUAGCUGCUAAAGUUGUACAAUUACUGAAUGUGUCUGUUUUGCUUUUUGUUUUUAAUAUAAAACAAAUGCUGUUGCAUCUGCUGAAUUGCUCUU